ACCGGCGCAUCUUAAUAUAGCCGCGUACAAUUAAUUUUCAUUCAUCCGCAAGCCGUCUCUGUGAACCGUGUGAGAAAUCUAUUAACUCCAGAAACAUUAUUGAGGGAUUACCAACAAAACUGAAUUCAAAAGAUCGACGAUAACCACGACGACGACGUACUACACUUCGAUUCUUCGACGACGACGAUCUACGUGCAAUAUAAAAUAUAAAAAAAGCUAAAAAAUAUCAUCUGCGACAUCCCACAUCUUCGAUUUUAAAUUUAAAUAAAAAGAAAAACGAAAACAAAAGUUGAAAAAUAAUGGGCGACAACCGUGGCACACGAGUAUACGUUGGUAACUUGUGCGAAAAAGUUAAGAAAGAAGAUUUAGAAGGCGAAUUCACCAAAUAUGGUAAAUUGAAUUCGGUGUGGGUAGCAUUCAAUCCGCCAGGGUUUGCUUUUGUCGAAUUUGAGAGUCGCGAUGAAGCUGAAAAAGCUUGCGACAUAUUGAAUGGCACUGAAGUGCUUGGAUCGAAACUUCGAGUCGAAAUAUCAAAGGGACGUCCAAAAGGUGGAAGAGGUGGUGGUGGUGAUCGAUUCGGCGGCGGACGCGGAAGAGGUGGUGGUGGUGGUAGACCAGGAGGAGAUUUUCGAAAUGGUAGCGGCGGACGUUCAGGUGGUGGUGGUUUUCGUUCUGGCGGCGGAGGUGGUGAUAGAUUUGGUGGCGGUGGAGGCGGCGGUGAUAGAUUUGGUGGCCGUGGAGGAGGUGGAGGAAGAGGAAGACCAUCUGGAGGCGAUUUCCGAAGUGGUGGCCGCUCGAAUGGAGGAAGUGGUGGAUAUGGUGGUGGCGGUCCACGCAGAGACAGCGGAGGACGAGAUUUUGCCAGUGGUAACGGUGGUUUCGGAGGUAGAAAUGGCGGCGGAGGUGGAGACAGAUUUAGAUCAAGAUCUCCAGUUGGGGGUCGUGGUAGAUUUUAAUUUGUAGCUGUAGUGAUUCCAUUGUAAUUUAUAAAUUGAUCCUAAACCAAGGCUAACAUUAACAAAGUGGCCAUUUUCAUUUCUGGAAUUGUCGUUUGCGUUUGGCCAAUGACAUUAUUAUGAAAAAACAAUUUUUUUUUAUUAUUUUCAUUUCACUCAAUCUCAAGAUCAUUUUUAUUUUACUUAUUAUACGAAAUGGUUUAACGUUUAAGUUUGACCACAAAAAUCACAUUUAAAAAUUAAAUUUAUUUUUAUUGUAAGCUUAAAAAGAAUCGACAACCACUUCAAGAUUAUGAUUUUUUUAAGACGUCAAUUUAAUCAUAAAAUUAAUGUUCGAUAACGUGUUUUAGUAUUUUGGAUAAUGUGUCGCAAAAAAAAAAAAAAUGUUUUUUUUAAUUUACCAAGAAAAGGAAAACAAUGAAUUUUUUUCUGUGUCGUUUUUUGUAGAAGCGAAACACUUAAUCGAUUAUAUAAAUUAGGCGGGCGACGACAAGUACAAUGUAAUACAAAAGCCCACAAUUUUGUUUGAGUGUCAAUAAAAUUGUGAAGAAAAAUUA